CUCUCAGAUGCGGUGCUUGGCGAGGAGUUGGACUAACCCAUUGUUACUUAAUGCCGGCUCCGGCUUUCUUGGACCCUAUGCCAACGCCAGACAUGCCAGUGUCCAGCAGCCGGCCACCGAGAGGAAGAGCGAUGCAGCCGUCGAGGCGGAGAGCAAUGGUUAUGGGGCCAAGCACUGCAUGGGCCUGGUGGAGAAGUACGACUACGAGAACUACCUGAGCACGCUGCUGCUGCCCCGGGAUCUACGGCGUGCUGCCUUCGCCCUGCGGGCCUUUAACGUGGAGGUCUCCAGAUCGGUCAGUGGUCAUCAAAUUGAACCACAAAUAGCAAAGCUGCGCCUGAAGUUCUGGUACGACUCCAUUGACAAGUGCUUUGAGGAGGAGUCCCAGCCAUCCUACGUGAAGGAUCAGCCAGUUUUGCGCGAACUGAAGCACACGGUGGGCGGCCGAAAGCUGAACAAGGUCUAUCUGCGCCGCCUGGUCACAGCCCGUGAGCGUCCGCCCAACAAGGCGUUCGAGUCGGUUCGCGAAUUGGAGGAGUACGCCGAGCAAACCUUCUCUUCGCUGCUCCUUCUCCUGGUCGAGAUCAGCGGUGUGCGUGACCUACAGGUAGACCAUGCCGCCUCCCACUUGGGCAAAGCACUAGGGAUCGCCACUCUGCUGCGUGCUAUUCCUCAUGCGGGCCGACAGCAAGCCGUUUGUGUGCCGCUGGAGGUGCUUGUGCGGCAUGGCGUUAGCCAGGAGCGUGUCAUCCGUGGCCGCAGCGACGAUAAGGGCGUCGAGGAGUGCAUCUUCGAGGUGGCCAGUGCCGCCAAUACGCACCUGAAUCUGGCCAGGAAACUGCACGAUCAGGUGCCACGGCCAGUGCGUAAAAUCUUUCUCCCUGCCGUUGCAACCGAUGGCUACCUGGAGCGCCUUAGACGGGCUAACUUUCAGCUGACCCAUAAGUCGUGCGUGGGUAGGGACACCCUGUUGCCGGCACGUCUCUUCUGGAAGUCGCUUCUCAAUCGGUACUGAUGCAGCCAAAGGAAUGCGCCCGCCAGUUGGCAGUUAGUUUACUUACUAGUUCGGCUUGAUGCCUAGUUGUUGACUUUUAAAAAGAAAUAAAAUACCUGAUAGAUAAGAA